AUGCAUGAAAAUGGAAUCCUCGAGUACAAGACGACGUUAGGUUUUAAUAAAGAUCAACAUUUACACAAAAACCCAACGUGUUUGGAGCAUCCAGAAUGUCCUGAAAGGAUUGAUGAGUGUCGAGAUGUACUUCGCAAAUGUGGACUGCUGAAUGCAUGUCAGGAAGUCGACGAUUUCCCACCCCUAGAUGAUCUGGAUCUUCGUCAAACACAUAGCGAGGACCAUGUUAACAAGUUGCUCAAGGACUCCAUCUCUCUCAGUCAAAAUGCCCUAAACCGCCUUUGUGAGAGCUAUGACUCCGUGUUCAUGACACCGGAUUCGGUGAAGGCCGCGCAAUCCGCCGUCUCUUGCUGCCGGUUUCUUGCUGAAAGCAUUGUGGAAGAGAAGAUCCCUAAUGCCUUCGCGUUGGUUAGACCUCCUGGGCACCAUGCCGGUCGUUCUUCUGCUAGUGGCUUUUGUCUUUUCAAUAACGCUGCACAAGCUGCAGAAGCUGCGUUCAAUUUCGGUGCUGAUAGGAUCCUCAUAAUCGAUCUAGACGUCCAUCAUGGAAAUGGCACACAAGAAAUUUUCUAUGAGGAUAAGCGGGUAUUGGUUUUCUCCAUACAUCGUUACCAAAACGGCAAGUUUUGGCCCCACUUGAGAGAAUCAAAUUUCGAUCAUAUAGGCACCUACGAAGGAAGGGGUUACAACGUUAAUGUUCCUCUGAAUGAGGUUGGCUGUGGUGAUGCUGACUAUAUGGCGGUUUUCUGGAAUGUCCUUUGGCCACUAGCUUCCCAAUUUAAUCCUGAUUUCGUCGUUGUUUCUGCUGGUUUCGACACUUGCGACGGAGAUCCUUUGGGUGAAAUGUGUCUCUCGCCAGACGCUUUAUCCCACAUCGUCUACCACCUAAGUGCUUUGGCUCGCGGAAAACUCCUAGCUAUUCUGGAGGUACGUACAGGUUUUCUCAACUGUUCUCUUUAUAUUCAUUCUCAUCACUCUCAAAUGGGUUUGAGCACUUUUCCCAAAUGA